GUCGAGCGGAGCAGCUAGAGCUUGGAGUAAUUAGCCAGUAGCGAAGCGCAAUAUUCCAAGUAGGAGAUGGAGAGCGAUCUGCGAGAUACAUCUCUCGGUUGGUUUCUCACGGUGAAACACCAUAGGACAUAACUAUUUUUUACUUGAUAAGUUCAUAUUUAUUUUCUUUCAAUUUCAAUUUUAUUAAAUUGUUUAAUGCUUUGUGUUAACUGACCACCAAUACAUUGAUCUAUAGUUAAUUAGGUUAUCAGCCACAUUGAAACCCUAUUAAUUGAACGUAUUUCAUGUGACUAGACCUGGCAAAUUACAAUCCAACCCGUUGACCCGACCUGAAACCGCGCGAAAAUUAGAAAUUUUUGUAACCUGAAACUCGAAUGACCCGAACCCGAUAACCUGUGCAUUUUUGGGUUGGGUUGGGUAGGUUAGCAGGUCGACCCGUUAGACCCGUUCCAUUUUAUAUAUCACUCUCAAAAUCAUAAAAUCACUCAUAAAUUGUUGAGAUGUUUGAAAAAAAUUACAAGGAUUUGAAUGACAUGUUUGGAGUUUAAGGAUAAUCAAAUAUCAUGUGUUUCUUGUAGUAGUAAUACUCUUGUGAUUGUAUUUUGACGAUUUGCGCAAUUUGUAUUUUAUUCAUUAGCGUGAGAGGAUUUGAGAAUAUGUUAAUUGACAUGUGUUAGGUAAACUAUUGUCAUACGUAUAUGAAAAUUUGUGUUAUUUAAGAAAAUAUGAAGCAUGUUUGAUAUUGUUUAUGAGAACGCUCAUAAUCCGAAAUGACCUAUAACCCAACCCAAAACUGAAUGGGUUGGGUCAAUAUUUGACCCGAAAUCAGCCAACCAAACAUGAUCCUUCCCGUAACCGAAGUCCCCAACCCAAAAUUACAGCCGACCCGAUUGCCAGGUCUACAUGUGACGUAGUAACUUAUCGAAGCGACAGUGGAUUAAAUAAGGUGCUUUGUGGUCUUGAUUGGAAUAUUGGUCUUCAGUCUAAAUAAUUAACUCCUUGAGCUUUGAUAGUAGGAUUUGAUUUGAUUGUCUAGUACGUAGUAAUUCUCGAUAGGGUUAGCUAGCAGAGCAGAGAUAUCCUGGCUGUAAAGAAUUGGAUUAAACUGAUUAGAACAUGUGAAUUAAUUUGGAUAUGAUAGGUAGUGAGUCCUGGUGUUUCUCCUAAAGCUUUCUCCCGGCAGCUUCUAUUAGCUUGUUUUGUGUACUUAUUUUGCUAUUAGAUAAUAGUUUCAUCACUCAAACCAUUUUCACUUAUAUUUUUCUUCAUAAAAUUGAGAGAAUAGAAGGUUGUACCAGUCACUGAGAGAUUAUACUCGGAUUUCCGGUUUACUACGAGAUAGGAAUAAGGCAUAUACGCAUUUGCCCUAUCAAGUUUUGGUGUCAUUGCCGAGGACUGCCAUACCUUAUUAUCAUUGAUUUUUGGUUAAAUACACUUGUAUAUCCAAAACUUUCACGGUUGUGCCAAUAAUAUCCAGAUUUCCCGAAAUACCACUUAUAUCCAAUUCCUUCACAUUCUUUAACGGUGUUUUUGGAUAUACAAGUGUAUUUAACCAAAAAUAUAUUGGGAAAUGGAUAGAUUUGGCAAAGAACAACUUUAAAAACAUGGAUAUAAUUGGUAUUUCAGGAAAUUUGGAUAUUAUUGGCACAAUCGUAAAAGUUUUGGAUAUAUAAGUGUAUUAAACCUUGAUUUUUAGUGAGUGAACUAGUUUAAUCUGGGUGUUAGUGUGCAUGAGAAUUUUAGACUUAUCAUCUUCAUGCAUACCAGUGAUUUACUGUCACUAGAUCUGGAGAUCGAGAAGACCUGCCGACAAAACAGAAAGCAUGUCAAGUUAGGGAAGCAACCAACCACAACUACUAGGCCUUCCCUAACUAAGAAUCGUCAACAGAGAGGACAGGUUUCACCACCUGUCAUCCCUAUACCACCGACACCACCGCCACUACCGUGCGAUAUUGAGACUGUCAUCAUGGCAGAAGAGGACGAUUCGAUCAGGGCUCGCUUGAAUCGAAGAACUAGAGCCCGAGCUUCAACUGUUGUCAUUUCGGAUGGGGAUGCAACCAUGGGGAUUACCCCAACAUUCAUCAACGGGAUCGCCAAUGGGUAUACUUUCUCUAGGGCCAUCAAUGAGGAUCCUCACCAAUGCAGUCAAAAGCGCGAUUCUACUUAGAAGCGGAAAAAGGGUAAACUCGUAAAGCGUAGAAUCAAAGCGUAAAAGCGUAAGUUUUUGACGCAUACUGAAAAAUAACUAAAAAUGUAUUAAGUAGGACAUAUGCUAUGCAAAAUAUGAAUGCACAGAAUUUAGAUAAGUCAAUAAAUACAUGCGAUUCAUGCCUAAAGUAGAACAACUUAUAGCAUCUUAAUAAUAAGUUUGUAAACAUAAAUUUUAACAAUAAGCCACUCUUCUCAGUUCUCACUAUGCUAAUGAAUUUGGGAAAAGUCUAACGGGUGAAUUAGAUUACUCUAUCGAAGUUGAGAAUGCAUACAAGUACCUUAUAUGUAUCUUUUAAUCUCAAAUAUAUCAUAUUGUUGGUGAUUUACUUUUAAAAUAUACUUUUUAUAAUUAAUUUCAUGAAAAAAAUACUCAUUUGGUGAACUAAAAGCGUAAAAACGUAAAGCGUUUUGGAGAACUAGAAGCGUAAAACCGUAAGCUUUUAAGCUUUAAAGCGCAAUUUAGUCUGAUUUUAUAUACUGAAGUUUUUAUAUGAAACGAAAGCGUUUUGGUAACCUAAAAGCGUAAAAUCGUAAGUUUUUAAGUUUUAAAACGCAAUUUUAACUGCAUUGAUUCUCACGAACAUUGACACGCUAUGACACAACACCAAACUACGACCAAUUAUAAUCGCAGUCCAAAAAUGCAGCAAGUGGUAAGUUUAAUUUAUCAACCCGAUGUCUAGAUCUACUUCCUACUCCGUGAUUAUCUAUUAUCUAGCGGGACUAAGUGAGUGAAGUUGAAUUCAAAGUAAAGCAGAAAGAAAGCAGUAAAUUGAUUGGUUUCCUGAAGCAAGAGAAGAGUCAUUCGGGAAUGAGUCUCCCUAGCUCCUUAGUUAGGUCCAAGUUGUAAUUUCCUUAGGUUGAUUAAACUGCGGAAGAUCCGACAGUAGCUUGGAAUCCCUUCAACUGACCAAGCCCUCUUAGACAAACUAACUGGCAGACGACUAGUCUUCACCAGGAUAGUUAACACAGAACUCCACUACUGGAAUUGGAUUCCAGUACAAAGCAAUGGAUUGACUAACUCUCGUAUAAUCAAUCCACUCCUAUCAAUUGAAGAAGCUCUAACAACCUAAUCAGAUUCUAUCUAUCUCAGGUUGCAGCAGAAAUCAAGAGAAUUUAAUCAGGAUUCAAUUGACUCAAUAAACACACUUCAAUCGAUUAUAAUCAAACAAUAUAUCAAUCCAAAAGUCAUUACAACUCAAAUCCCUAACACAUGGAACUAGGGUUCUUCAUACCCAAGUGAGAGAAAGGUCUACUCCAGAGAGAGAGAGAGAGAGAGAGAGGUAAACAAAAUUCAAAGCAGUCAUACUCAUAAAGAUGGGAAUAAUCUGCUCUGGGAUGUCGUUCUACACUUCUUCCGAUGCAAUCUAGGCUUCAAUGGUGAGAAAUCCACUCCAAAUUAGCUCCUAGGAUUUGUUCUUCGCACUUUCUCACUCUAUAACUCUGUUUUUGCUGAAAAAGUCGUAUCCCUCUCUCCAAAACCCGAAAUUGGUUUAAGAAGCAGUUGUCCGCGAUUGCACGGCCAGACCGCACGGCCGUGCAGCCUCCUAGUCUGCCCAUGCAUCCCAAAACGCGAUGUUUCAAUUAAUUCUGCCAGGGGAGUGCACGGCCAUUGCACGGCCCGUGCAAUUCGAGAGCCUGGCCGUGCAGCUCUCUCGCAGAAAUCAUCACAGCCACAAAUUCCUCAUGCACGGCCUUGCGAAAAACAGGAUCACGCUGUGCAGCUUCUUGGUAAAUCCCACACGGCCAAAAAGGCAACUAUGCACGGCCGUGCGCUUUUCCGUCCUGGCCGUGCAACUUGUCUAAUCUCCCUCGCUCGUCUGGAUUUCGCCCAAUCGACCCCAAACUAGUGCUCAAACUUCAUUCACGCAUUACGACCCGAAAUGUCAUAAACAAGAGCAACCUAGCAUAAAAUCGGCUUAAAACU